CCAGAACGGGAAAGAACCGUAGCCUCAUUUCCGAAGCUUCCCCAUCACUUUCAUGCUCAUUGCUUCGAUCGUAUAAAAGACGUUGCCAGGAAAGAAAUCUUCACAUUCAGACUUCGAUUACCCGUGAUAACAACAUGUUUAAAAUUUUGAUUGUGGCAACUCUGGCCGCGGCCAGUUGUGUGGCUGAGCCCGAGGCCAAUGCUGAGCCCAUCCUUGGCCUCCUUUUAAGGGGUGGUUUCGGUAGACAUCGUGGUGGAUUUGGCGGUGGAUUUAAUGGAGGGUAUGGUGGUGGACGUCGAGGACAUAGAGGAUAUGGCGGGCGUAGAGGAUAUAAUGGAGGAUACGGUCAUAGCUAUGGCCACAGCGGACAUUAUCACAAGCGCUCCGCAGAUCCCGAACCCGAGGCAGAGGCAGAGGCUGAGCCCACUUACUCUUACGACACCAAUAUCGCUAAUCCCGGAUAUGUCGUUGCUCCCGUGGCUUAUGCCGCAGACUACACUCCCUACAACACUUAUGCUUAUGCUCUGGACACGCCCAUUGCUUACUCUGGAGCUCACUUCAUUGGCAAACGAGAGGCAGAGGCUGAGCCUGGAUACCGACAUGGUGGUGGCUUUGGCCGUGGUUAUGGAGGUGGAUUUGGUGGUGGAUUUGGUCGUGGUUAUAGCCGUGGUUAUGGCAGUGGAUAUGGCCAUGGUCAUAGCCGCGUUUAUGGUGGCGGUCAUCAUGGCGGUCGCAGUGGAUACAGACAAAGCUACGGGCACUAUUACUCGAUGGGCCCAUGGUCUGGUAAGCUUUAUGUCAGUACGUGUGGUUCUUUUUCAGCUAGAAAGAUGAAAUUGCCACGGGACGUACGAAUGAAUUUACAUAGGCCAAAGACGAUGAACGGUUGGUGCUUGUCUGGCUCUGUAGAGAUCGUUGUAGCUCUCGCUGUGGCCUGUAUGGCCGAGCCUGAGGCCAAUCCCGAGGCUUAUGGUGGUAGAUACCGUAGCUCAUAUGGCGGACAUGGGGGAUACCGUAGUGGACAUCGUGGAUACCGUGGCGGAUAUGGUUAUCUCCACAAGCGAUCUGCUGAGGCUGAAGCCGAGGCCGAGGCUGUUGCCGCCCCUGAAGCCGAGGCCGAGGCUGAUCCCGCUUACCUAUAUGGUGGUGCCUACAAUGUCGCUCCCUAUGCCACCACCUACGGUGCCGCCCCCAUUGCGUACACCUCUGCCGCUGCCUAUGCCCCUUACUCCGCCUACAACGGUUACGGUUACGGUUACGGUUUGACCUACGGUCAUGGUGCCCACUUCAUUGGCAAGCGCGAAGCUGAGCCGAUCUUUUUGCGCAAGGUCUUUGGACGUCGUCAUGGUCGUGGUGGUCGUCGUGGUGGUCGUCGUGGUGGUCGUUAUGGAUAUCGCGGUUAAGAAGUCAAAACUCUUCGAGAUGUCAUUCCAAAGACAGAAGUAUUCCCAAUGUGAAUGAAAAGCUUACUCAUGAACAUCAAAAAGCUUUUAGGAAAAAAUAAAACCAUUCAAAUCAAGGACUAAUUG